CUUCCACUCCAUUUCUUCUCUCUGCACAGAAGAAAAUGAAGCACCAGACAAUAAAGACCAGGCUCUAGAUAGAGAGAGAGAGAGAGAGAAGCAGAGGAGGCCGAGAGGGGGAAGAUCCGGUUCGAGAUCCCAAAAUGGCAAGUGGGUGGGUCAAGUCUCUGCAGUGCAAGUCCAGAGCAUUCGAAGACGUGUAUCAUCCCAAUCCCAGAAACCUUAUGUCCAGCUCCAGUUGCAGAAAGAGCGCUCAGAGCAUCAAAGAUGUUAUUGAAACUACGACCAAGCCAAAACCUAGAAAACCUAACACCAAACCCGCUCCUUCCUCCUACCCAAAACAAAACAAAACCGAGCCCGUUUCAAAUCUCCACGUCCGCCCUCGCCAUGCCGUUUCUUCCCGACCCACCCGCAACCCGGACCCGCUUUUACCUGCCCUGAAGGAGCUUCCCCAUGGUCACCCGUCACGCAAUGUGGUGGAGAUUAUAUUCCACACCAGCUGGAGCCCCAAGGCUUUCACAGGUCGGAUCGAGAUGAUAUUCAAGGUACAAAAUGGGUCCAAGAACGUUGCUCGGUUCGAGGAGUACCGCGAGUUGGUCAAGGCGCGGGCUGGGUCGGGUUGCCUGACUGACGGAAGCACCCGGGAGGAGAAUGCACGGUGCGUUGCGGACGGAAACGAAAUGAUGAGGUUCCACUGCCUGGGGCCCACAUCCGCUGAUUGCGGCAGAGACGUACCCGACGCGUGUGGCGGUGCGUGGUUUUUUCCCAGAGGGAAAGGGGCUGCAAUAUGUACUUUUUCCGGCAGCGGCGGAGCUCACGAGAGCGCUGGCGGCGGAAGGGGUAGGCGAGCGAUGCUAGUGUGCAGAGUGAUAGCAGGUCGGAUCUCUAACCAAGUUGGGUUUGGGUUGGAAUCGUUAUUCUCGGAUGGGCGAGUGGGGUUUGACUCAGUGAGUGGGGAGAAUGGCGAGUUACUCGUCUUUGAUCCCUGUGCUUUGUUGCCGUGUUUUCUGAUAAUUUACAAAUUGUAAAAAUAAUGAAACUUUUUUUUUUGGGGGAAAAAAAAAAAAUCUUUAGGGUGAAAUU